AUGAUCUUCACUAAGAGUCUUCUCUCUAUGACUGUCGCCGUGCUCCAGCUGGCUUCACUCUCUAGUGCUGGCAUCGCCAACAGAGCCAAUUCGGACGCAGCUGAAGUCACCUACUCGCACGAUGGCAGAACUUGCUGCACUGGUGGCGAGCGUGGUGCUAUCUUCAGCGAAGGCAAAUGCGAGUACAAUUCUCAAGCUCUGACUCCAAAUCUGCCUGAAGACACCUAUGUGACCAAAUGCUGCUGGAAUCAAAAAGUCAACGAUUUUCAUGUUCAUUUUGCCGAUGUUCAUGAAAUGCGCAAAGUAUCACCCGUGGAAAUCACAGGAAAUGCAACUGUGCCAAUCGAGAUAUGCAAUCUCGGCCUCAAGUGGAAUAUAACCGAGUACAUCCUCACCGACGACUACCUCGACAUCAAUGUUGACCUGAACAUUGAUUGCGGACCAUUCAACUUAUCGGAUAGAGAAUGGAUUCGUAUUCACUUCGACAGCUCUUAUCGGGAUUCCGGCGAGUUUGCUUAUGAAAUCAGUGCGGUUGGCCCAACCAUCUAUGCAACAAUCACUUCCAAGAUUCACCGCAGCGAUUUCUCAGUCGACUUCCAUGGGCAGCUCACCGGAACCGGAAUCUUGAGCCAGCUAGAUCAGUCGUUUGAUAAGAAUCUGAGGGCUGAUGAGGUGGCAGCCAUACUCUCUGAGGCAAAUAUUUGUUAG